UCCCGGAAGUGGCGGCGCGGUCAGGAAAUAGCUGGGACUCGGAGAGCGGUUUUGGGGCUGCCGGCGUUGGCCGGCGCUAUGAGUUCCUUCCAGGGACAGAUGGCUGAGUAUCCAAACAUCUCUAUAGAUCGCUUCGACAGGGAGAACCUGAGGGCCCGCGCCUACUUCCUGUCCCACUGCCACAAGGAUCACAUGAAAGGAUUAAGAGCCCCAGCUUUGCAAAGAAGGCUAGAAUGCAGCUUGAAGGUUUACUUAUACUGUUCGCCUGUUACUAAAGAGUUGUUGUUAACUAGCCCAAAGUACAGAUUUUGGGAGAAGCGAAUUAUAUCAAUUGAAAUUGAAACUCCUACCCAGAUAUCUUUAGUCGAUGAAGCAUCAGGCGAGAAGGAAGAGAUUGUUGUGACUCUUUUACCAGCUGGUCAUUGCCCAGGAUCAGUUAUGUUUUUAUUUCAGGGCGAUAAUGGAACUGUCUUGUAUACAGGAGACUUCAGACUGGCUAAAGGAGAAACUUCCAGAAUGGAGCUUCUGCACUAUGGGGACAGAGUGAAAGAUAUCCAAAGUGUGUACUUAGAUACGACUUUCUGCGAUCCCAAAUUUUAUCAAAUUCCUAGUCGGGGGGAGUGUCUGAGUGGAAUACUGGAGCUGGUUCGAAGCUGGAUCACUCGGAGUCCCUACCAUGUUGUGUGGCUGAACUGCAAAGCAGCUUACGGAUAUGAGUAUCUGUUCACUAACCUCAGUGAAGAAUUUGGAGUCCAGAUUCACGUGGAUAAACUAGAUAUGUUUCGAAACAUGCCCGACAUUCUCCAUCAUCUCACCACAGACCGCAACACUCAGAUCCAUGCGUGUCGCCAUCCAAAGGCAGAAGAAUAUUUUCAGUGGAAUAGAUUACCCUGUGGAAUUACUUCCAAAAGUAAAAUUCCACUCCACACAAUCAGCAUUAAGCCAUCCACAAUGUGGUUUGGAGAAAGAACCAGAAAAACAAAUGUAAUUGUGAGGACUGGAGAGAGUUCAUACAGAGCUUGUUUUUCUUUUCACUCCUCCUACAGUGAGACAUGCGGUGAAAAUAUCUCAGGGGAUGAGUUAUGUUUCAUUAAAGAUUUCUUGAGCUACAUCUGCCCUGUGAAUGCAUAUCCAAAUGUCAUCCCAGUGGGCACAACUGUGGAUAAAGUUUUAGAAAUUUUAAAGCCUUUAUGCCGAUCUUCCCAAAGCUCUGAGCCAAAGUAUAAACCGCUGGGGAAACUGAAGAGAGCUAGAACCACCCACUUAGACUCAGAGGAGGAGGAGGAUGACCUCUUUGACGAUCCUCUGCCACUACCUUUAAGGUACAAGGUUCCAAACCAGCAAACUCUUCACCCUGAGAUAUUUCCAAUGACUGCGGUGUCACCAAACCAGCCGGAAAAACUGAGACAAAGCACAGGGUGCUUCAAAGCAGAGAGCAUGCAAACCUCUCCUUGGACUGACUUUAUAGACUGCGAAGAAUCCAACAGUGAAAGUGAGGAAGAAUUGCACAUCGCAGCCUCAUCUCAAGGAGAUCCGGGUCCUGUCACACACCAACAGAAUUCUGAUGAAGUACCACAGUGGAAGGUAUUCUUUAAAAGAAAUGACGACGUCCCAGAAAAUGGUUUGGAAAACUUCCCUUCCUCCACGGAGGCAGGGGGCUCUCAGUCACCCAAGCUUUUGAGUGACUCUGAUGGGGAGUCAACUCACAUCUCCUCCCAGAAUUCCUCUCAGUCCACACACAUCUCAGAACAAGGAAGUCAGGGCUGGGACAGCCAAUCUGAUACGGUCUUGUUAUCGUCUCAAGACAGAAACAGUGCAGAUACUACCUCCCUGAACAAAAGUGGUUACAGACCAAGACUCAAAGAGAAUGUUUCUGCUUCUCAGAUGGAACAAAAGGACACUUGCCCAAAUGACACGUACUCUGAUUUGAAAAGCAGAGAUCCAGGUGUAAGUAUAGUUCCGAGUGCUGGAGAACCAACUUCUCUAAGCAGCGGGAAACACAUACCUCAGGAAAAAAGGCCGUUAAACCUUAGUACCUGUGUAGACUCACAGAGCUCCUCCGACUUUGAAAUUCCCUCAACUCCUGAGGCUGAGUUACCUCAACAAGAACAUCUACAACAUUUAUACGAGAAGCUAGCCACAGGUGAGAGUAUAAUAGUUGAAAAAAGAAAAAGCUCACUCUUAAAUACUUAAGAAUUAAAAAUACUUCAUUCUAGAGCCAUCACUAAAAGAACUAUCCAAAAGGUAAAGCUAAAGUCAUAAUAGAUAAAUUAAAAUGGAAUACUUAAAAAUGCUCAUAUAAUGUAAAAGGCAGGCAGUAAAGGGGAAACAGAGGAACAAAAAUUGAGCAAAACAGAGAAAAUAAGAUAUGGUAGAACUAAAUCCAAACAAAGCAAUAAUUACAUUAAAUGAACAUGCUCUAAACACACCAAUGAAAAGACAGAAAAAAUAAAACAUAACCCAACUAUAUGCUGUGUAUAAGAAUGUCACUUCACAUGAUGUAGGCUGGUUAAAAGUAAAAGGAUGGAAAGUGGUAUACCAUGUAAACAUUACUUAAAAGAAAGCUGGUGUGCAGUUCACCAAGACAAUCUUAUAUGUGUAUGUACCUAACAGCUUCAAAAUAUACAGGCAGACCUCUGAGAUACUGCAGGUUCAGUUCCAGACCAAUGCGAUAAAGUGAGUUCACAUGAAUUUUUUGGUUUCUCAGUGCACAUAAAAGUUAUGCUUACAGUAUAGUCUAUUAUCUGUGCAAUAGCAUUAUGUCAAAAAAAGCAAAUGUACAUACCUUAAUUAAAAAAUACUUUAUUGCUAAAAAAUGUUAACCAUCACCUGAGCCCUCAACAAGUUGUAAUACUUUUGCUGGUGGAGGGUCUUGCCUUGAUGUUGAUGAAAACACAGUAUCUGCAAAGCGCAAUAAAACGAGGUAUGCCUGCACAAAGCAAAAUCAACUGAAAAGAGAAAGACAAACUAAUGCACAAUUGUAUAUAAAGAGGAACUUUAACAUUCCUCUUUCAGUAACAGAAUUAGUUUACAGAAAAUCAGCAAGGACAUAGAAGAACUGAACAGCACUCAUCAACCAACUAGAUCUGACAUGCCAUCCAGUAAUAGCAGAAUGCAUGCUUUCCGGGUGCACAUGGGACAUUCACCAAGAUAGACCAUAUCCUGGGUCAUAAAAAUACUUCAGAUUGAAAGAAUAAAUUUGGACCUAUUAAACUGAUGGCCAUAGGAAAAAUCAGCCCCCUACUUACCUCAAAAGAUGGUACAUCACUUAAGCAUGUUGGUGUGAAGAUGGUGGUAAAAUUAAAACUAGAAAAACUAGGACCUGAAAGAAAAUAAUUAAAUGACAAAAGUAUAAGUGUGUUCUGUGAGUUAACUUUCCUAAAGUUCAUGAAUAGGUUAUGCUUUUGCAUAGUUAUGUAUGUGGAUUUAAUAAAGUUUUAUUAACAUUGAUAAACACUUUGGUAUGCUGACAUUUUGUAGAUUAAGGAAGCAAAAGCAGAGAUUUCACUUAAAACAAGUUUAAGUGAAGUCUCUAAAACAAUUUGCAGAUCAAUUUAACGAUACGCAUUAUCACCCUAAUUGAAAGUGAUUAGACCAACAGUAAGUACUGGAUCCACUAAACUAAUUAGGGUUACAAAACUUAGAGAAAAAUAAAUGGGGUGCUCAGAGGAAGCAAUGCCCACAGGACCCAGGAAGUCAGCCCUCUCACUGUCCAAAAGGGAAUGUUUCAUUCCCAAAUAUUGGGAGGACAGGUUCCCCCGUGCACUUACAUGGGGGAAAAACUGGAUGGUGACACUUAGAAUUCACACAUUUCAGCUAAGAAACUGGCACAAGAAGAGGGCUGAGGGGAAGAAACUGCCAUAGUUACUAAGGGAUAGGGCUGAGAGUAGGGCCAAGUGCAACUCAUUUCUGAUUGGUGUUUGAGGAUAUGUUAAGUCACAUUUUUAGGGAAGGGUCUCCCGCCCUACAUUACUCAACAGUAAGUUUUAUUAUAAUAUGUACAUCAACAGAGAAUGGCCUGAGCACAGUAAGGUACCUAGUGCAAAAGAAUAUAAGGAAGGAUACAAGGAGUUGUAAGGGAACACACUGACCCUUUUUUUCUAGCUCAGCUUGCCUGAGCCUUGAAUGAAGUACACUCUGCUAUGAUCGGGCAGUUAGAGUUCUAUUCUAUUUGUUCCAUUUUGUCCAUCUCCCCUGAGGACUAUUUCCUAAAUUCCAAGUGAAUAUAAAACCACUCUAGGGAACCAGUAGGGGUUGCAAAUCAUUGGUUGAAUAACUGGUCAUUACAACAGGCCUAUUAUAGAAACCCAGAGACUUCGUAUUUUAUUUAUAGCUCUAAAAAUUAGUUAUACUUCAUUAUCACAAAUUAUGUAAUCAAAUAUAACUAUAUACAUUUGUAUACAUUUGUAUAUACUAAUUGCCAUUUAAGACUUCAUCUUAAUAGCUUAUGAUCCAAGGUGGCUGUUCAAAACAUGUCUGUAAACUUUCUUCUGAAUAUAUUCUUAGCAUUUCAUAACCAUACCAUCAAUUUAACAUUACACACUGCCACAUUUCCAUUGUUUUAUGUGUGAGUCUGGCAUAAUAAACGCUGGCUGAAUGAAUUUAAGGACUAAGAGCAGAACAGAUUUUGAUCAAGAAACUUAUAGUACUCACCAAAGUUUGUCAAGUACAGGUUUAUACCCUUGAACAAUGCAGUCUUAGCAGUACCGGCCACCCACGCAGUCAAAAAUCCGCGUGUAUAUUAAGUCAGCCUUUUACAUACGUGGAUUCCCACACAGUUCAAACCCUUGUUGUUCAAGGGUAAACUGCAUCAUACUGUACUUUAAAUACUGUACUUGAAAACCAGUACAGGUUUAUACUCUACUUGAAGUACAAAAUAAUUAUAACUUACAUAAUAUGUAAGUAUUAGCUAUAUACUUACUCUGUGACAAUGCUUAAUUCUUUUAUGCACUGCAUUAAUUCCUUUAAUCCUCACAAUUCUCUUUGAGGUAGAUAUUUAUUAUUCCCACUCACAGGUGAGGAGGCUAAGGCAGAGAGGUUAGUUCACAUAGCUAGAAGGGGCAAAGCCAGGCCUCAAACAUGGGCAAUUCAGGCCCCCGACACCAUGCUCUUGACUGCUAUGCAGUAAGGCCUCUCAAAAUGAGCAUAACAGUGGGCAGGAUUAAUUAUAGUGGCUACUUGAUUUUUACUUUAAAGAACUGGAAGGCAUAAAAAAGGAAAAAUUAGAAGAAAAAAUUUCAAAACUCCAAGAUAUAUCACAGAAGAAACCCAGUGGCUAGCCACAUUUGCCUUAGAGGAAUGCAAGACUUAGAUGUUUAAUAGUAGAAAUUAUUUUUUUAAUCUGCCUGGAGUUGGUUAAAUAUGUUAAAAAUAGAUUUGUUUACUGCCUCUCCUCUAGGUGAUCUUGGGCAUGUGACUGUGACCUGACAGUCUGAACCUACUUCCUCAGGUGGACUGUAGAGACAACAGCACCAACCUCAUACAUUUAUGAGAAGCACAUGAGGACAUAUAAAGGCCUAAGACUUGCUCAGAGGAUAUUAGCUCAAAUUCUAAAAUUCUUUUGUACUUCUAGGGAGUACUUAGCGAAAUAUGUUUAAAUACCUGGUAACUAAUAAUGCUCAAAAAAUUUUAGAAGUAUCCAUUCACAUUAUGCUAAGUGAAAAUUAUACUUUAAUAUCCAAAUGCAUGAACUAUGACAACAAUGAGCUUUUUAAAAAGGAAAGUAACAUUUAAAGGAAUGGUAUAUACACCUUUGGUUAAUCUCAACAGCAGGUAGUCAGGAAUACAUCAGUAUUUUUCUGCCCCUUCUGUAGCCUUACUGGAAAAAGACAGUAAAAUAUUUGUAAACAAAGCUAACCCACAAUAAACAGAAAAAUCAAAUGUCAAACUAAAUUUGCUAAAGAAUAACUGUUGAAUUAUAAGAAAAAAUAAGUGCUGUCUAGAUUUUGCAUAGAUGGAAAAACCCUGAGAUCACCAAUUGUGUAUUACAAACCUCUUAGGUAGAUCUGGAAAACAGUGGUGUUAAUACAACUUGUAUAGUGGAUUAAUUUUACAGUUUAAACUUCAUCUAAAUAAUACUCAUGAAUAUUUGCUUUGUAAUGGCAGAAUACAUUGUGACAACUUAGGAUACAAAUUUAAAGAAGCUAAAUGUUGACUUAAAAUAAAGCUCCUAAUAACUUCGGUUAUAAAUAGUUUGUAUUAUUUUACUGCUUAAGUUCAGCUGUUUAAUAACAUACGGGUGACACAGGUAAUUAAAAUCUCAAAGGCCCAUUAAAUUUCUGUUAAUAAGGCCAAAAAAGUUGACUGAAAACAGCCAUUUUUCCCUGUCCUCGUUAUAUAUUUUUUAACACAAAAGUAGACAAAAAUCAAGUAAUUAGACAGUAAAACAGUGACUUUUUAAAAAGAAUGUGAAAAUUACAUCUUUAAACCUACCUGUGACAAUUAUAAUUCAAAACAUGCUUACCCACUGGGAGCAGCCUGUAAAAUCAGUGAUGCUCCCUCACCACUGCUUCAAUGUGAUUAUUUUUUCAUAAAAAAACCCCCGUAAGAAAUGGCACUAAAAAAAUGUAUUUGUUCAUGACACCUUCCGCCAAUUCUGCUUUGCAGAUAUACUCUGAGGCUUCUAACAUGUAAACAAUUUACCCUAUAUUAUGAAAAGAGCAGUCAUUUGAUACCGAUAUAAUAUUGGGUAGUUGGAAAAGUCAUUACGCAUUUUUGCAAUGAAAAACAGAAAAAAUAUGACUUUUCUAACAACCCAAUAAGUAAUAAAAUGUAGCUUCUCCCAAAAAAAA